CAUGGCUCCGGGAGUGCCGCUCCCGCCAGAGAUACAGCUGGCGCAGCGCCUGGCGGGCAAUGAGCAAGUGACGCGGGACCGCGCGGUGCGGAAGCUGCGGAAGUACAUCAUGGCCAGGACGCAGCGGGCCGCAGGUGGUUUUACCCCAGAUGAGCUGCUGAAGAUAUGGAAAGGACUGUUUUACUGCAUGUGGAUGCAGGACAAGCCUCUGCAGCAGGAAGAACUAGGAAGGACCAUUUCCCAGCUGAUCCAUGCCUUUCAGACUACAGAGACACAGUACCUGUUCCUGCGGGCAUUCUGGCAGACCAUGAUCCGGGAGUGGGUGGGCAUCGACCUACUUCGCCUGGACAAGUUCUACAUGCUCAUGAGGCUGGUCCUGCAAGAGUCACUGAAGGUUGUGAAAACGCAGGGAUGGGAAGAAAGACAGAUUGAGCAACUGCUGGAGUUGCUCACCACCGAGAUACUGCACCCCGACAGCCAGGCUCCCAAUGGGGUGAAGAGCCACUUCCUCGAGAUCUUCCUGGAGGAGCUGACCAAAGUGGGCGCUGCAGAGCUCACGGCAGACCAGAAUAUGCAGUUCAUUGAUCCCUUCUGCCAGAUAGCAGCCCGCACUAAGGACUCCCUGGUUUUGCAUAAGAUCAUUCGGAGCAUCUUUGAGACGAUUGUGGAGCAGGCUCCCUUGGCCAUUGAAGACCUCAUGAAUGAACUGGAUACACAGAGUGAAGAGGAGGAAGAAGCAUCAGAUGGUGAUGAGGAGUCCUCAGAGGGUGAGCAGGACCUGCAUGACACACCACCCAGGAGGCUGCCUGCAGGCUCCCAUAGAGCUAACCCUGAGGUAGACAAGGAGCAAGUGUGGGAUGAUGAGGAAAACACUGGCCCUGUGCUCCAGUUCGACUAUGAGGCAGUCGCUAACAGACUAUUCAAGCUUGCCAGCAGACAGAGCACCCCUUCUGAGAACAGGAAGCGCCUCUACAAAGUCAUCCAGAAGUUGCGGGACCUGGCUGGAGGCACUUUCCCUGAUGAUGAUGUCCCUGAAAAGGCCUACAAGAAGCUGCUGGAAGGGAGGCGGGAGCGGAAGAAGAAGAAAAAGAAACGUUUGCCCACAUUGCAGUCACAGAAUAAGAAAGGGAGAAACGAGACAGAAACCUCAAGUGCAGAUCCGAGCCCGGGGAUAAAGAGGAAGAGGAGCAGGAGGAGGGAUGAGAAGGCUGGCCAGAGAGGGCCUCCUGGGAAGCGGAGGAAGCCUGGUGCUAGAGCAAAAGGGGCUGGUGUCCAGCAGCCAGCGAGGAAGAGGAAACAGCCAUUGCCAAAUGAGAAGUGAGGUGCGUGGCCUAAGCCUGCCAUCCUUGUAGACACCUGGUUGUUGGGGCAGGGUACUGGGGCAUGCGCCUGUAACCUCCGAAUGCCGAGGCUCUGAGCUUCCUGUAGGGGAGGGACAGGAGCAGAGUGAAGGAGGCUCUGUCUAGUGCUGGCCUUCAAGAACACCCUGCCUCAGAGCCACUGCUGCAUACCGGAAACUCACUCCCAAGACUCAAAACUUCACCUGUCCUGUGCGCAGUGGAGGCCUCGCUUGAUCCUAGCCAGAGGCCAGAGGAGCUAGAGUUUGAGUCCAGAGCCCUCCCUUCCUCAAAUAAGAAAAAACAAACCAAAUAACUCCACCUGUGUGAGUACUGUCACCUCUGGCGGG